ACAAAGUCGGCGGUAACUGUUGAAAAUCUGACGGCGACUUUUCAUUAAUAUGCGUCCUUGUUGACGUAGUCGUACUCGUAUUCUAACUUGUUUAUUGCCAUCAUGUUGCAAGUUGUAAACUUCAGUAGUUUUAACAAUGUCCGCCAAUAGAUCGGUCGACGGUGCGCUACUUUCAGUUUUUGUGAACCCUGUAAUUUAAGAAGUCUCGUUAUUUGUCUACAAAUUUGUGAAGUUUGUUUAUGUGUUGUAAACAGUGGCAGUGACUGUGUGUUCAUGUACUAAAAAAAGAAGUGAAGUGCGCAGUUGGUGAGGGUGCAACCAGGAAAAGUGGGAUAAUAUGCUGGAGUGAAAAAAGGUGUUUAGUGAUUGUGUUGAUGGACUGGAAAUAUGGGGAAGUCGGCCAGCAAACUGAAAAAACGGAAGGAUUCCAACUUAUCUUGGACCAAGUUCGGUUCCCUUCCGCUGAGGUCGAAAUCUCGCAUCAACAAAGCUAACAUUGCCAACAACACUAUUUCCUCUUCCGACAAUAAAAACACGAAGCACAUAGAUGUGAAGCAGUGGUUAAAAUCGAUGGAUCUCCAACAGUAUGACAACCUAUUUCAGAAAUUUAACGGCGUCGAGGAUUUGCUGGAAUUUUCGGAGGCCGAUCUCAAGGAUCUGGGAGUCAAGAUAUCGUCGCAUCGAGCGACCAUUAUUAGCAAUUUAACCAUUUUGAGGGCGAAAUAUCAUGGAAAUUUUAGAAGAACACCUUCAGUUCGGCACAGUGUCGCAGUCGAUAAAACCAGGACCAUCGAGGAAAACGAACAAAUAUCAAAUCUCAGCACCGUUUAUGAGCCAAUCCAAAGCAAAAGUCUAAAUAACCUCAUCAUGGAGCCCACAGCGGACCCCACGAUGAACGCCCUCGAACUAAAAAAGGCUCUAGAAUGGGAACUUUCGCUCGACAGCCGAGACUUGCGGUCUCACGCUUGGUACCACGGCGCGAUUCCGCGAGCCCGAGCGGAAGACAUCGUCCGGGAGGAAGGCGGCUUUCUAGUCCGGGAUUGCACUUCUCAGCCCGGCAAUUACGUCCUAACUUGCCGGACCAAAACCCUACCCCUUCACUUCGUCAUCAACAAGAUCAUCCUCCAGCCGGACACCGUAUACGAGCACGUCCAGUACCAGUUCGAAGAGGACGCCUUCGACACGGUGCCCGACCUCAUAACCUUCUACGUGGGCUCGGGCAAGUCCAUAACGGCCGCUUCCGGGGCUAAAAUCCAGUUCCCGAAAAACCGCAUGUACCCGCUUUCGUUUUACGCUUCGAAAUAUCCCGCACCGCUUCCGCAGAGCAGGUUGACCUCGCCGGCGACGACGCCCAUAGGGACCAUGCAGUACAGGCAUGGGCCUUUGCAUCCGGGAAGGCCGUCUUCGUCGCCCACCAGGAGCAACAGGGACGGUCCCCCGAGGCUGCCGUCGAAGAAGCAAAGGUCGCAGUCGUUGACUCCGUCGGAAGUUAACAGAAUAUCCCAGGAGAAGUGCAACAGCGCCGACGGGGUAAUCCAAUCCCCCCUAAUGACGCGUUCAGCCGGUGCCGACACAAUAAACGCGGGCUUGAAAUUCUCAACGCAUUCGCUGCCCAGAAGCCCCAACACCAAACUCUCCCUUUCUGCGAGCUCGAACACCCUCGGUCGGAACUGCCGCAUCACCAGCGACCCGACCCUGUCUCCUUGCGCAGAGAGGAAAUUCUUCAACGAGAGCGACUCAGGAAUCUCCGACUCGCCACCCCCGAAACCGUCGCGAGUGCCCAGCAUCAUUCGCCUGGAAUCGAAAGACACCGACGUCACAGACGGCAGACAAAGCGGAGAUGGCAGCUUUUUGCCCCACGGAAAUCUGCAAAGGGUUACGUCCUACCACGCUUCCGGCUCGGAUUCCGGCAACGGCUCCGGGGACUCGGCGCUAAGCUCGGCGGCGGGCGACCCCGUGGAAACGAACCAAAGAAAUUCCGGUGUGAUUAUUAAAAACCCUAGGUAUAAUCUCGUUGCGUCCGAAUCAUCAACGACUUUGAAGAAUUUCGAAAUUGAUUACGCCGAAGCCGAGGAUAAGCUGCUGCGGAUGCUGCAACCGGAAAUUAACCUUUGCAGUAGGUUCGAUUUGGAGAAUUUCCAGACCAUAUUGCUUCCUGUGAGUGAGAAUAAACCGUUGGAUGCUCAAGCCUUGCGAGGCGUCAAGAUGAUCCUACACGAUUCGGGGCCCAGGAUUCUGGCCAACCAUUUGACGAGGACUGAUUUAGAUAUAAUUUUUUACAAGCCGAAUAAGGAUGCGAUGGAGGCGAGGUUAGCGAGUGGGAUUGAGCUAUGUGCGUUGCCGCAUGGGCACCAGUUUAGGCUGGACUUGAUAGAACGGACCGAAUGCUUGAAGUUGCUAGUCGCUGUAACAAUUCUAACUUGUGUGGAUGAAACCGAAAGAACGGAGAUGUUAAAUAAAUGGAUCGAAAUCGCCAUCGACACAAAAACGGCCCUUGGCAACCUCUUCGGCUUUUGCGGGAUCAUGUUAGGUUUAUGCUUGCCACAGGUUGAAAGACUAGACAGCACGUGGCACAUGUUGAGGCAAAAAUACACCGAUUCCGCUUUCAAUUUUGAGGCGAAAUUGCGACCAACCCUCAAAAAUAUGAAUAGUUGCUCAAAUCCUCAAGCACCAAACACGACGAUUCCUCACUUGUUGCCAUUAAUAUUGCUGCAGGAGCGUACUUUAGAAGACUUUACGACACCCACUGAACAAAGCCAGCUGAUUUCUAGUUGUCUAGGUUUAUGGGAAUCGAACACCCAAGACUUCGGUCUUACUACUUUACUUAAUCAUCUAGAGACUGCCAGAAAAUACAUGGACACAAGUGCAUCUUACCAAAGAAAUGCAGAGAUUGUGUUGGGAGAAGCUAGGAUGGAAGAGUUGACGAUAGAUAUGUUCAAAACGGAAUUUCAAAUGAAGUUUUUGUGGGGAAGUCGAGGAGCUUUCGUUCCUGCCGAUGAGAGACAUUCCAAAUUUGAACAGGUGCUCUCUGCCAUCGCGGACAAGUACUGCGGACAGAGGGACGACGCUGAAGUGUAGCGAAGAUGUUUAUUGUGAUCAAACUGUACAUAUUUUAAUAUACGUAUUAACGUACGCCAUAGCAACGGGCCUAAGAGGUUACAGCAUAACGCAUCCAAAUCGAAGACUUAUUACGUUUUCAGAUAUAAUGCAAUACCGUUCUUUUAUAAUGUAAAGAUUGUUAAAAAUGCAUUGAAAAAUCUUCACAAAUACACAAAUAAAAAGUGACUAAUUCCUAUAUAUGUAGUAGUUGUUUACAAGUAAUUGAUGUACGGGGGUAAAUGAAAAAGUCAACAGCGCAAUAAUAGUGACUUUUAAUAAGGAGCUUAUACAAAAAUAAAAUUAGAAAUUUUAACAAAUAUUUCACUUGUUUCUUUAACUCUCCUUGUAUUUUAUGUUAAUUUUUUUAUAAAACACGAGACAGAAUACGCACAUAUUCUACUGUACGCACACUGUCAACGUUUUUAAGAGAUGACUCAAAUGACGUCAUCCCAGAUCACCUGAUCAAACUACAUGAACCGCAAAUCUUACUACGAUUUUUCAAUGCCUUUUAUUAAAAAAAAACAACUGAAUUAUGGAUUAGCUUAUGCUGUGACUUUUGGUUCAGAUUUCUUUUUUUUACAUAUCAAAAUUAUUAGAAAUUUUAUUUAAAUGUUUCGCGAACAACCAAAAAUAACCUCUUCAACACCAAGACAUUUGGUUAUACAAAAUUUAGGUCAUGUAAAAAAAUAAGCUUUAAUCUGUAAUUAUUAGAUUUUAGAGUUUUAUAAAAGGUGCUCAUUAUAAGACAAAAUCGUGGUCAUAGAAUCAAAAAAUUAUAAAUCCUUAUUUAACUUGGAUUACUGACAAUACAAUAUGAAGACUGCCAUAUUAGUUUUUAUUGGUUUUAUUUGUGUGCAAUAACUUUUGAAAUAAUGAAUUUGGUUUUUACUGAUUUAGCUCAGAAUAAUUAACCGCGCCAAGGUGUUGUUUUUAGCUUAAUUAUUCACUUAAGUAUUCACGAUUCAACUGAAUUCAUUAUUUCCACUUGUUUUCUUUAUAUGUGAUGUAUAUUUGUUAAAAGUAACUGAAAAGUAAUACUAUACGAAAAUAUAAAUCUAAGUACUUAAUUAUUAUAAGAAUGUGUAAUUAUAUUAUGAAAUGUGCUAGAUUUAAUAAUUUAUUAACGGGUCUAUCUGUUAGUCUGUGUAGGACAAAACCAAGAAAAAUAUUUAUAGUAGAAUUCUGUCUAGCUCACAAAAAAUGUAAAAAUGAUUCCUAUACUAUAUACGAAGAAAAUAAAAUGUGCUAAAAAUUU